CCUGUGCCCGUUUACAAAUUCAUAGAAGUUAUUGUCAAUAGUUAAAAUCAUAAUAUUUUAGCAUUUGUUUAGAUCAUAUGCGCCUUCGUAUCAGUAUUAAUAAUGAGCAAAUGGAUUAUAAUAAAACAAAUAGUGGUUAAAAUACAACCAGUUCUAUUUUUAGAACUUUCGGUUUUCCAAUUUGAGUAAUCAAGCGUUUCGUAUUUUCACGUAAGGAAGUCAUGUUUAAGGUGUUUACGAUUUUAUGGAUUAAAUCGAAGCAACUCAAGUACCGGUAACAAUGUUCCACGACGUGAAAGGCGAAAACGUCAAAUUUGACAGUAGUCGGAGCACGGCCUCCUGGACACCGGUCAAAAGCGGCGGAUUGACCUUCGUCUCGACCCCGCUUACCUCCGAGCGACCUUUGACCUUGACGCUGGAUGGCUCGGGCGCGGUGGAGCUGGGAAUCACGUGCACGGACCCGGCCUGUUACCAGGAUAGGGUCCCGGAGACGGUCGACAAAAUACGGGAGUACUCGUUUCUCAAUGAUAUCAAGAUCCACAGACGGAAGUGUGAGAUGGUCAUACAGCUGGACGAGAACUUACAGGAAGUGAUCACGAGCUACGGAGGCGGACAGUACAAACAUUCCAUCGCACCUUGCCGUAACUACUUCGUGGUUGUGGAUGUGAAAUUUGGGGCCGUGGAUAUGAAACUGGAUGGACCAGACGGCAACGUGCCGGUGGAGUUUUCGGAGUACCACGGCCCCAACAUCAAGCUCCUAAACAACCCCGCGGCGGUCACCAGCCUGACCAAGAGCCCCGCCUCCGUGUGCUUCUAUAGCGACCCAUUGACCCCUGACCUCCAGCUGGCGCUCACAUGUACACCCCGGGGCUACCAAAGUACAAUCCCGGGCAGGUACUACCUUCUGCUACGCUACGUAAAGAUGGAGCCCCGCCAAUUCCACAUCCGGUAUCCUGGGAAAUUUAUCAUCCAGCGCUCUGAAAGUGCCGACGUUUCCGACGGCGACUGGUCUCAAAUAGAAAAGUUGGAGAAGGAAGAAUGCACGGGCAAACCCGUCGGGCUCAAAUUCACCGGAUGCGCACUUGAACUCCGGUCUUCGACGGGCAAGCAAAAGUCGAUAAACUGCAAUUUACAAAAGGGGGAACAAGUCUGGCUCGCUUUGGAGCUUUACGGGAUUUCUGUGCAUAUUGAGACUGGAAACGGCUCGGAGUUGUUUCCGUGUCCGGGAAUCCCGGAAGAGCUGCCAGAAUGUCACGCAAUGAGUGAAAGGUGCGAUUCGGUGGAGGAUUCACUAGAUAUGGUUCUUCCGACAAGUGGGCGAAGUCUCGUAACUUACGUUCCGCCCCCACCGACGCCAUCAGCGCAGCCGCCGCAGCAGCCUCAACCAUGCAGGAUAGGAGACCCAGUGUGGCUAAAAGACGCCAUACAAAAGAACUUUACAACCAUACUGAAAACCUUCGUAGCGACACCUUUUGUGGACUUUUUGUACGAGUCGGAUAUGAUAACUGUGGAAGAAAUGGAAAAAGUUCACAGUCUAACAACCAGCGCAGCUGCGCGGUACGUCUUGAUUGAUAUUCUGUCUAAGCGACCGGUCAGCAAAAAAGCAGUUGAACGUGCUUUAAAGGAGACUAAACAAGAUUUUCUGAUGGAUAUCUUGUUUUCAAAUGCGAAAGAAUGAUAAGACUUGCUUUUGUUUUAUUUUUUGUUUAACCCCACUGAUGCUUUCUUGAUUGUUUUAUAAACACAUUCAUGUGCUUAAAUAGGUGUUACAAGAGGUAAAAUAUUCCAUGGAUGCGUACGUAAUACCGGCAUAUUUGUUUUCUUAACAGCUUCUUUUCAUAUUUUUAAUAAUAUUUGAUAUGUCAGUUUGUAUGCAUUUUCAAGUUAACUGCCUUCUGACAGUUCUCUCUGAUGUCGUAUAACUCGUGCAUUUUAAAUUGAUUUUUAGUGAAUUCUUGAUAUUCUUUUUGGUCGUUAUAUGUAGGCGAUUGAUGUUAUUUACAAACAUUAUAUCAGUUCGAGUCCAUGAGCGAUUGUAUGCUUUAAAAACGUAACAAAAGUAAAAGCCUGCGACUAGGUAAAUAUCACGUUUUGAUUAAAAUGGAUAAAUAUAUGCUUGUUUUUUUGUAAUAACUUUAUUUGAUAUUUGAUUUUGGUAAUAUGUUUUGAGAAUGUAUGGGAAUCUCGUCAUAGUGAUUAAUAACGACGGCAUGCAAACUUUGCAAAGAUAAUGAUUGUGAACCAUGUCUGGAGAUUAUUUACACGUAUUUGUUAAGUAUUAAAUGUAACUUAAUUAAUAAUCAACGAAUACAAUAUAUUCAAUAUCGUUA